AUGGCCACGGCAGACCCCAAUCUGUUUGCCAAGCUGCACAACUUUGUGGUGAUCAACCCCAGCUUGGCGGGCCUGGCCGAGCGGCUGCAGCUGAAGCGCCUGGUGCCCGUGGCCGUGGACCGCGCGAUCGUGGAGAUCAUGCCGCCGGUGGUGGAGCGCAGCGUGACCAUCGCGUGCAUGACGGCCUACGAAAUGGUGACCAAGGACUACGCGGUCGACCCAGACGAGAACCGGCUGCGCAGCGCAGCGCACCUGAUGGUGUCCAGCCUGGCCGGCAGCCUCGCGCUGGUGACCUGCAAGGAGCCGCUCCGCGUGAGCCUGGCCAAUCAGCUGCACGCGCUGCUGUCGGGCCAGAUGGAGGCUCACGUGCUGGAGGGCGCGCUGCAGGUGCUGGUCAACGACAACCUGGAGCUGGGCUGCAGCAUCAUCGAGCGCGCCGCCACGGACAAGGCGGUGCGCGACAUCGACAAGAGCCUCGCCGCCGCAUACGAGGCGCGCGGCAACGCGCGAGCCCGCGGCCAGCCCUUCUACGAGCGCGCUCUCUACGCGCAGUCGCAGCAGGGGCGCUUCCCUGCGGCGCUGCCCGAGAGCCUCAAGCCCAAGCCGGGCUUGCCUCAACAGCAGCGUGUGUACGAGGACUUCGCGCGCAUGCCGCGUGCGCUGCCGCCGCACCCGCUCAAUGCCAGCUUCAGGCCCGACGGCGCACCGCCGGCCAGCCCGCUGCAGCAACCCCAGGACGGCAGUGCAGUGCAGGUUCCCGACAAGCCUCUUCAGGAGGGUGCCGUCUCUGCUGCGGCGGGGCCCCUGCAAGGUGUGGCGCUCAGCGACGGCUAUGUCAAGUGGCAGCUGGCGGCGGACGCGGCGUGCUCGCGCGACCCCAACGCCGUGCUGGACGCCAGCGGCGAGCUGUCGGCGCUGCGCGAGCUGCUGCGCGAGCUGCUGGGCGGCAGCGAGGAGGCCGCCCUGCUGGUGGGGCGCCGCCUCAUCAAGCACCUGUGGGAGGUGCCUGGCAAGGCCCACGCCAGCCUGCACGUCGAUUGCCUGGCGCUUGCCGCGGACGUGCUCAGCGGUGGCGCCGGCGCAGGGGGCGCGCCGGCCCCAGGAUCGCCGCCCGCCGGCCCCGGUGGGCGGCGCCUGGCAGCAGAGCUGACGCAGCUGUGGGUGGCUCUGGCCAGUGAGGCAAAGUUCAACCGCGAUAUCGGCGAGCGGCUGCUGGCGCGCGGCCUGCUGCUGCUUCCUGAGGUGGACGCCUACCUGGCGCGCGUGCUGGUGGCGCAGCGCCCCGCAAGCGCCAUCGACUUUGGCGUGCUGCUGGUGCGCGCAGUCAAGGACGGCCUCGCCGGCGCCGCAGAUGUUGCCGCGACGCUCGACGUGCUGGGCAAGCUCGCUGGCAGCGUCGCCGGCGGCGAGCAGCUGCUGCAGCUUCUCAGCGCGGCGCGCGCCGCCAGCCGCGUGCGUGCCGCUGAGCGCGCGGAGCUGCCGGCCAUCGGCGGCCUGCGGGACAAGGGCGGCGACCCUGCAGGCCUGCACCAGCAGGUGGCUGGCCUGUUUGAGGAGUUUGCGCGCCGCUGUGUCGUGGCGCCGGACGAGAAGAUGCACGCAGCGUUUGUGCAGCAGCUGCGCGCCGCGGGGCUCCUCAACAUGGACGACGCCACUGACCGCAUGCUGCGCGUGCUGGUCGAGCUGGCGGUGGCGCACUGCCUCGCCAGCGAGACGCCCGGCGUGCGGCCCGACGGCGGCCCUGCCCCUGGGCCGCUGUCGUUCUUGGCGCUCGACCCGCUGGUAAAGCUUGCAGCCUGCCUGACACUCGUGCAUGGCGGCGGCGAGGCCUUCCUGGGCAGCCUGCUGCGCAUGGUGGUGGCGCUCGUGCGGCGUGACGCCGAGGACCGCGGGCCGGCCUUCAACGCGCGGCCCUACCUGCGGCUCCUGGCCGGCCUGGCCAGCGAGAUGGGCAACGGCGCGGAGGCAGGCGAGCCAGGCGCGCUUCGCCUCGUGCGGCUAAUCGGCGAGGCGCUGCUGCUGCUGGCGCCGUCGCGGGUGCCCGGGUUUGCGUUUGCCUACCUGGAGCUGCUGGCACACCGCGCCAUCAUGCCGCGGCUGCUGGGGGCCCCUGCGGCCGCCGCGGGCCCCCUGGCCCUGGGCGACCUGUACGAGGCGUUGCUGCUGGGACUGCUGGGCUUCCUGGAGCCGGCUCUGCGCGCCGCAGAGCUCACCGAUCCCCUCAGGGCGCUGUACAAGGGCACGCUGCGGCUGCUGCUGGUGCUGCUGCACGACUUCCCCGAGUUCCUGUGCGACCACCACUUCCGUCUCUGCGACGUCAUCCCGCCGCCCGCCAUCCAGAUGCGCAACCUCAUCCUGUCGGCUUUCCCGCGCAACAUGCGGUUGCCAGACCCCUUCACGCCAAACCUCAAGUUUGACAAGCUGCCAGAGAUUGCGGCUCCGCCGCAGGGCGCGCCGCCGCGCGACCUGCUGCUGCCGCCCCCGCUGCGCGCACAGGUUGAUGCGCUGCUGGCGCGCCGCGCGCAGCCAGGCGCUCUGCAGGCCCUCGUCGCGCGGCUCGUGCUGCCGGCGCAGGGCUCGCAGCAGAAGCAGGGCCAGGCACAGCAGCAGCAGCAGCAGCAGCAGCAGCAGCCUGGCGGCCAGGGCCAGUCGCCAGUGGCAGGGCAGGCGGCGUCAGCGGCACUGGGAUUGGGCAUUGUCGGCGCUUCUGUGGCGCCGCCUGCUUUGGGCGGCGCCGGCGGUGCUGUGCGGUAUGCUGGCAGCCUGCUCCACGCGCUGGUGCUGUACGUGGGCGGCUGUCAUGCUCCGGGCUCUGGCGUGGAGCGCGACGACCCCGGGCUGUCGCUGCUGGCAGGCCUGGCAGGGGAGCUUGAUGCCGAGGGGCGCUACCUGCUGCUCAACGCCAUCGCCAACCAGCUGCGCUACCCCAACAGCCACACCUACUACUUCUCAUGCGUGCUGCUGACCCUGUUUGCCGACGCGCCCACGGGCCCGGCAGGCGAGGCGCUGCAGGCGCAGAUCACGCGCGUGCUGCUGGAGCGGCUGAUUGUCAACCGCCCCCACCCCUGGGGCCUGCUCAUCACGUUCAUCGAGCUCAUCAAGAACGAGCGCUUCAACUUCUGGAACCACCCCUUCACCAAGGCGGCCCCAGAGCUGGAGAAGCUGUUUGAGAGUGUCGCCCGCUCCUGCAUGGCGGCGCCACCCGCCAUCAAGCCGCAGGAUGUCGCCGCGGCCGCGGCGGGAGGCACGCCUCAGGCGGCAGGGGUGGUGGGGUGA